AUGGCCUCGAUCCUGAAACACCUUGGCGCACGAGAGGAGGAUUUCCGUGCGCUACAAGACGUAAACGACAUCAAUGUCGGUGAUCCAACGCUGCCCUUUCGAAAAUCCCGCAACGGACGAUUCUGCUUCGACCUUAGCACCCGCUCUGUCCGCCGCUUGGAAUUCCAGCCCUUCGCGCUCUCCGCGGAAGAAGACUUUGUACGGCAUGACUCCGACAUGAUGCGUGUCUUCGACGAGAUAGGCGAUGACAUCCAGCUUAACACAGUGUUCCAAGCGCUCCUCGUUUUCAAGGCCAUCAUGUUCCAUGGAGUUAUGACAAAGAUGCGUCCGAGGCUGGACUACGGUCAACAUAAAUGGGUGUGUACGCUCUUUGCGCUGCGCACAGUUACCACCCCCGCAUUGCUAGGCGAGCCAGCGCUUGAAGGAGUACAUGCAGAUGGAGUUGACCAUACCAUGACAACCUUUUUGAAAAGCGAUAAUAUGGCGCCGAAUAGCGCGGCGACCUUUCUGCAUGACCUGCGUGAGACUACCGGAAUCAGGCUAAAUGAGUCGAGGCCGGAGUUGAUUAGAGGCAAUGCACAACAUCGGCACUUCUUGGAUACAAUUCUGAUUGUAGACCAUGAGCUGAAGCAUAGUCUGUCUCCGGUUUAUGCGGUUGAUAGCGCGAGGGAGGCUUAUAGAGACAUGUUGAUCUUUUUUACUCGGAAGCCUGUCACAGAAAGCCAUAUAUCAGCAGGCAUUGAUUCGUUGAAUCCCCAUAAAGGGAUGCCAAUGGAGGUCCCACUGUUUGUUUAA